CAUCAAAGCAAUUUAAUUAAAGAAAGAAGAAAUGGAAGCUCUAAAACUCAUUGUGGUGACCUUUGUCACCCUCUUCGUAUCAGGGACUCACUCAGUUACAUUCACAAUCCAAAACCACUGCCCUUACACAAUUUGGCCGGGAACAAUGACUGGUGGUGGCAAACCUCAAUUAUCCUCAACUGGAUUCGAGUUAGCAUCCGGAGCAUCAACAUCUCUCAAUGCUCCAUCUGGGUGGUCGGGCCGGAUGUGGGCCCGGACAUGGUGCUCCAACGACCCUUCCGGGAAGUUCACUUGCCGCAUUGGAGACUGCGGGUCGGGUCAAAUUGCAUGCAAUGGCGCCGGUGCAAUGCCGCCUGCAACCCUAGUAGAAUUCACCUUAGCAGGCUAUGGCGGAAAUGAUUACUACGACGUUAGUCUCGUGGACGGCUUCAAUUUGCCAGUCACGAUAGCACCAGAAGGCGGGUCAGAUGGCGGGCUAAGUUGCAAGUCAACUGCAUGCCCGGCCGACCUGAAUGCAAUAUGUCCGAGUGAUCUAGCCAUGAGGAAUCCAGAGGGUUAUACAAUUGGUUGCAAGAGUGCGUGUUUGGCCUUUAAUAAACCGGAAUUUUGUUGUACUGGCAACUUUGCCACACCAGUAAGUUGUAAGCCUUCGGAUUUCUCUAAAGUCUUCAAGAGUGCGUGUCCUCAGGCUUAUAGUUAUGCUUAUGAUGACAAGAGUAGCACGUUUGUAUGCGGUGGUGGACCUAACUACCAUAUUACAUUCUGCCCUUAGAGAUGCAUUCAUAUGACUAUAUGAGCCUAGGGUACGGUAUCCUUCGGGUAUUUUAGAUUUUUUUUAAAACAAAGAGUGUUCACUAGAAAGAAACUAUUGUAAUUAUCAUAAUAAAUUGUAUUGUUUAGAUGAUCAUUAACAUACAAUAUUGUUUUUCUUCUUAUUUUUAAGAAAAUAUAAA